GCGGCCCCGCCUCCGCGCUGGGCGGGAAACCGCGCCCGGGCCGGCCAUGGAGGAGGCGGGCGGCGAGCAGCGGGUGCUGCUCACCCAGAGGCUGCGGGCUGCGGUUCACUACACGGCCGGCUGCCUGUGCCAGGACGUCGCUGAAGACAAGGGCGUGCAGUUCAGCAAGCAGGCCGUCGCGGCCAUCGCGGAGAUCACCUUCAGGCAGUGUGAAAACUUUGCAAGAGACCUCGAAAUGUUUGCCAGGCAUGCAAAACGAAGCACAGUCAAUUCAGAAGAUGUGAAGCUUUUGGCUAGAAGGAGCAAUUCUUUGCUACAGUAUAUCACACAGAAGAGUGAAGAGCUCACAUCAAAUAACAUGGAGCAAAAGGAGAAGAAGAAAAAGAAGUCCAGUGCAGCUAAGGGAAGGAGAACUUCUGAGGAACAAGAAGCACCAGUGUCUGAAAGUGAAGAUUCCAACAUGGCAUGAUUUACCUUUCAAGUAACUUCUCUGGUCAUUUUCUCAUACUGUCCUAGAAGACCAAAGUUAGCGUACCAGCGAUUGCCCUUGCAGGUUAGCAACAGUAACAAGUCUUUACUUUUUUUAGGUGAACAUGAUUAGUUGUAUUUUUUGUUCCAAAACUGAAAGGGCUGUCCAGAAUUCAGCGAUGUAUACAGGCAAAAUGCCUUAAUUGCUCACUAAACACUAUCUUACUGUUAUUUAAAAGAAAAUCCUUUACUGAAAGAGUUUAAAGCAAAGCAUUCCCACUGAGCAUAAGGCCUCAGUAUGUGCAACUCUCUCCAUGCAACAACUUAGUUUUUCUACUAAUUGAUCUCUUCCUCAUUUCCACUUCUGUUUUUUUAGGUAUUUUAUUUUCUUUUUAUUAGGCAUAUCGCUUGUUCUCUCGACAAUUAAAGCAUAUUUUGUGUAA